AUGCUUAAAGUGAAGGAGUAUUGUAAGAGGCAUAGAAGAGUGAAGUUUAUCGGGAAGGCGACCAACAAACGGUGUGUUUUUAUUUUGAAUCAGUGAAUGGGGUUGACAGGGAGGUAUUGUUUGCUUUAAAUCCGAUCACCAGCCCUCUCAAGCACCCCAGGGACAUUUUAUUCUCUUUUUAAAAUAGUUUAAAGAGGGAAUGACCAAACACUUUCUCAACAACACAUUUCUUACCACCGUUGUCAGUCUGUUGUUGUAACCCUUUGUGAGGUUGUCUUCCAUCCAACCAGUGAAGGUGUCAGUGGGGCACAGCAGCACAAAGGGGGGGUCUCCCACCACCACUUGUUCUGUUGUAUCUUUCUCCUCAAACCACAGCACAGAUCAGUUCUUCAAAAGCCAUUAUUCACCCUAACAAUUUGGUAAAAUACCCAUGGGGUGUGUCUGACAUUUAGCUAGCUUGUUACACAGACUGUGUGAAUGUGUGUGAUAAUAAUAAUAAUUUGGGGGUUGCUUAUAUUUUGUCUAUUACACACAAAUGGAAAUGUUUCUUGCAUAUCCCAACUCCCACUGAGACACCAGCGAGGCAAUUACGGUUAAGUACUUUGCUCAAGGGCACGGCGACAGAUUUUUCACCUUGUCGGCUCGAGGAUUCAAACCAGUGACCUUUCGGUGACUGUUUCAACACUCUAACCUCGAAGCUACGUGUGCGUGUGUGUCUGUGUGUGCAGCCUUUGUGAGAGUGCAUGGCUGCUUGCAUAUGCGUGUUUCUCUGUGUGCUACUUGAUAAAGCUGGUAUUUGGUCUCAUUUGUUAGCUAUGACUGGCUGUUGUGGCAACCCAUUCUUUCACCAGACACUGUCAGAAAUGUUUUGUCUUUCUUUAGACAAGGGAAAGUGGUCGGAUAUUAGUGUGUGUGUUUGGGUGUGUGUAGGCCUGGCUCGCAGUUGGCGUUCCAAUUCAUCCCAAAGGUGUUCGAUGGGGUUGAGGUCAGGGCUCUGUGCAGGACAGUCAAGUUCUUCCACACCGAUCUCGACAAACCAUUUCUCUAUGGACCUCGCUUUGUGCACGGGGGCAUUGUCAUGCUGAAACAGGAAAGGGCCUUCCCCAAACUGUUGACACAAAGUUGAAAGCACAGAAUCGUCUAGAAUGUAAUUGUAUGCUGUAGGGUUACAAUUUACCUUCACUGGAACUAAGGGGCCUAGCCCGAACCAUGAAAAACAGUCCCAGACCAUUAUUCCUCCUCCACCAAACUUUACAGUUGGCACUAUGCAUUGGGGCACGUAGCGUUCUCCUGGCAUCCGCCAAACCCAGACACUGACUGGCUGAUCUUGAAGUGUGAUUCAUCACUCCAAAGAAUACGUUUCCACUGCUCCGGAGUCCAAUGGUGGUGAGCAUACACCACUCCAGCCGACACUUGGCAUUGUGCAUGGUGAUCUUAGGCUUGUGUGCGGCUGCUCGGCCAUGGAAACCCAUUUCAUGAAGCUCCCGACGAAGAGUUAUUGUGCUAACCUUGCUUCCAGAGGCAGUUUGGAACUCGGUAGUGAAUGUUGCAACCGAGGACAGAAUAUGUUUUACGCGCUACGUGCUUCAUCACUCGAAGGAUGAGCCAUUGUUGUUCCUAGAUGUUUCCACUUCACAAUAACAGCACUUACAGUUGACCGGGGAAGCUCUAGCAGGGCAGAAAUUUGAUGAACUGCCAUGUUGGAAUGGUGGCAUCCUAUGGCGGUGCCACGUUGAAAGUCACUGAGGUUUUCAGUAAGGCCAUUCUACUGCCAAUGUUUGUCUAUGGAGAUUGCAUGGAUGUGAGCCCGAUUUUAUACACCUGUCAGCAAUGGGUGUGGCUGAAAUAGCCGGAUCCACUAAUUUGAAGGGGUGUCCACAUACUUGUGUAUAUACAGUACUAGUCAAAACUUUGGACACACCUAUUCAUUCCAGGGUUUUUCUUUAUUUUGACUAUUUUCUACAUUGUAGAAUAAUAGUGAAGACAUCAAAACUAUGAAAUAACACAUAUGGAUUCAUGUUGUAACCAAAAAAGUGUUAAACAAAUCAAAAUAUAUUUUAUAUUUUAUAUUCUUCAAAUAGCCACCCUUUGCCUUGAUGACAGCUUUCCACACUCUUGGCAUUCUCUCAACCAGCUUCACCUUGAAUGCUUUUCCAACGGUCUUGAAGGAGUUCCCACAUAUGCUGAGCACUUGUUGGCUGCUGUUCCUUCACUCUGCGGUCCGACUCAUCCAAAACCAUCUCAAUUGGGUUGAGGUCAGGGGAUUGUGGAGGCCAGGACAUCUGAUGCAGCACUCCAUCACUCUCCUUCUUGAUAAAAUAGCCCUUACACAGCCUGGAGGUGUGUUUGGUCAUUGUCCUGUAGAAAAAGAAAAUGAUAGUCCCACUAAGCCCAAACCAGAUGGGAUGGCGUAUCGCUGCAGAAUGCUGUGGUAGCCAUGCUGGUUAAGUGUGGGAAAUACACAUGCAGAGAUCAUCCGUUCACCCACACCGCGUCUCAAAAAGAUACGGCAGUUGGAACCUAAAAUCUCCAAUUUGGACUCCAGACCAGAGGACACAUUUCAAGCAGGUCGCUUUUUCUUAUUGGUGUCCUUUAGUAGUGGUUUCUUUGCAGCAAUUCGACCAUGAAGGCCUGAUUCACACAGUCCCCUCUGAACAGUUGAUGUUGAGAUGUGUCUGUUACUUUUAUCUGGGCUGCAAUUUCUGAGGCUGGUAACUCUAAUGAACUUAUCAUCUGCAGCAGAGGUAACUCUGGGUCUUCCAUUCCUCUGGCGGUCCUCAUGAGAGCCAGUUUCAUCAUAGCGCUUGAUGGUUUUUGUGACUGCACUUGAAGAAACUUUAAAAGUUCUUGAGAUUUUCCGGAUUGACUGACCUUCAUGUCUUAAAGUAAUGAUGGGCUGUCGUUUCUCUUUGCUUAUUUGAGCUGUUCUUGCCAUAAUAUGGACUUGGUCUUUUACCAAAUAGGGCUAUCUUCUGUAUACCCCCCCUACCUUGUCACAACACAACUGAUUGGCUCAAACGCAUUAAGAAGGAAAGAAAUUCCACAUAUUAACUUUUAAGAAGGCACAGCUGUUAAUGGAAAUGCAUUCCAGGUGACUACCUCAUGAAGCUGGUUGAGAGAAUGCCAAGUGUGUGCAAAGCUGUCAUCAAGGCAAAGGGUGGCUAUUUGAAGAAUCUCAAAUAUAAAAUAUAUUUUGAUUUGUUUAACACUUUUUUGGAUGCUACAUGAUUCCAUAUGUGUUAUUUCAUAUUUUUGAUUUCUUCACUAUUAUUCUACAAUGUAAAAAAUAGUAAAAAUAUAGAAAAACCCUUGAAUGAGUAGGUGUGUCCAAACUUUUGACUGGUACUGUAUAGUGUUUUUCAACUGGAUAGGUAAGCUAUUUCCACAGACACAGGGUUUUAUUUAAAGUCCAUAAGGAAAGGUAGAUGUGGUAUAGAUAUCCUGCCUGCCAGCUCUAUUCAUUCUGCCUCUAAGUUCAUGUGAGACUUCUGGGACAAUCUUUCUGGUCAGUGUAGACCUGAAUAAUCCAGGAUUCAUCCAAUAUCAGAACAAGCCAUCACACUCUAAUUUUAGACAUUAAUUUGAUUCGCCCUUUCAGUUGAGUAAUCUGUUGGGAGAGAAGUGGAAGGCAAUUGUGGUGGGUGUGUCUGUACGCCUGUCUGGUGUUGAAUGAGUCAGAGGGAGAGAUUUGAUCGCCCCCCCCCCAUCUCACUGUGCACCCCUUCACACACUCUUAUCCUGAUAUCAGCUGAAUUCGUGGUGUUAUUAAUAGCUGUCGGCCUCCCUCUCUCUCUCCUCUCCCUCUGCCCUAGUUGUUCUGUGCUUGUUGAAGCCGGUGACUAUCUUUGGAAAAUCUUGAAUGCUUAAAAAAAACGAAGUUAUAGUUUGUUUGUUGUGCGUGUGUUUCUUGAUCCGUGUUUGUGUGUUUGUGUGAGUGUGUAUAUUUCUGUUGACCUCCACAUCCUUCUAUGUGUUUUGACCUCUCCAGACCUGAAUGUGUUACCAUGGUGACCACUCACACACACAUCACCCUGUCACUCCUGCUGUUCCACAUUCUCCCGGCCACAACGGCUCAGGUUGAUGACCUCAUCGAUGACCUCAUUGUCGUCACGAACCGCGGCAGAGUCCAGGGCACUCAGCUUCCCGUGCCAGGUGGUGGAUAUGUCAGGGCAUUCCUGGGAAUUCCCUAUGGGAGCCCCCCCGUUGGGGAACUGCGUUUUCGCCCUCCUCAGCCUGCAGAGGGGUGGACAGGGGUACGACAUGCCACCCGCUACCCCAACUCCUGCUUCCAACCCCGGGAUAUAACCUUUCCUGGUAGGGAUAUGAUAUCAGAAUGAUGACAUAGGCCUGUAUAGUAAACUGGCGUAGCUUAUUACACCUACAUGAAUGUAUUGUAUAUGUUUGUGUGCCUUUAAACCUGUUGAUGUUAGUGACGGUCUACAGUCAUUGAGUACGGUUACAUGCACGCAAUAAUGCGAUUAUUGUGGAUAAUCAGAUUUAUAUAUUAGUUAGAUUAAAACAUUUACAUGGUUUUCAAGAAGAAUGAUCUCCCUAAUAAUCCUGUUUACAUGGACAUGUCAGAAAUCAGGCUACCUGAUGGCAUUCUGAUAAAGGCAGAGAAUCGCCAGUCAAAAUAAACGUUCUACCACAGCGACCAUGUUAAUCUUGGGAAGCAUGUUUGAUAGCAAGCUUCUAAAGGCAUAAUAUCCUGUAGUCCACCAAUUCUUCCUUGUAAGUGUCAUCCAUUGUGAGACUGAGUUUAAAACCUCCAACCCCUCAUCCAUCAUAUACAGUUUUAACUUGCAAGUUUCUGCUAAUGAUUAUAUACAAUUUUAAAUCAAUCAUUUAAAGAAAGGAUUCUUCUUCAAGAGCUGAAGGGUGAGGGGUUGGAGCCCAACUGGGCACUGGGUAAAGAUCAGGCCAGACAUCACUGUCUCAGCUAAUCCUUCACAACUUGCAUUCUGGCCCUGGGUCAUGGCAACAUUUAACAUUACAUUUGGUUCUUAAAUGUGUUACCUGUUUUAAACACAUAUUGCAGUAAAAUGUCAGCAUGAGAACAAAGCAACAGAAUCAGUACAAUGACUAAAGCAACGGCUACACAGUCAGGCUGCAAUUGUUGACUCCCUCUUGGUCCAGUGUACAAUUGCAGAUUGUCUCUCCCACAUGAUUACUACCUUUACCUUUAAUACACCAGGGGUCCAACAGAGAACCCACAAUAGGGAUAGCGGGGUUACUACUAUUGUCAGGACGUGCAUCACAGACUUUGGGGGCUUUAUACAUCUGGUAAAAGGUCACGUCAUCUGGUCUCUUUGGGCGAUAGGUGAUAAAGGGCAGGGAUGACAUCACACUUAGGGUGUAAUUCACUCCCAGGGGGACCCCCAUAUACAGUGAGGGAAAAAAGUAUUUGAUCCCCUGCUGAUUUUGUAUGUUUGCCCACUGACAAAGACAUGAUCAGUCUAUAAUUUUAAUGGUAGGUUUAUUUGAACAGUGAGAGACAGAAUAACAACAAAAAAAUCCAGAAAAACGCAUGUAAAGAAUUUAAUGAAUUAAUUUGCAUUUUAAUGAGGGAAAUAAGUAUUUGACCCGUCUGCAAAACAUGACUUAGUAUUUGGGGGCAAAACCCUUGUUGGCAAUCACAGAGGUCAGACGUUUCUUGUAGUUGGCCACCAGGUUUGCACACAUCUCAGGAGGGAUUUUGUCCCACUCCUCUUUGCAGAUCUUCUCCAAGUCAUUAAGGUUUCGAGGCUGACGUUUGGCAACUCAAACCUUCAGCUCCCUCCACAUAUUUUCUAUGGGAUUAAGGUCUGGAGACUGGCUAGGCCACUCCAGGACCUUAAUGUGCUUCUUCUUGAGCCACUCCUUUGUUGCCUUGGCCGUGUGUUUUGGGUAAUUGUCAUGCUGGAAUACCCAUCCACGACCCAUUUUCAAUGCCCUGGCUGAGGGAAGGAGGUUCUCACCCAAGAUUUGAUGGUACAUGGCCCCGUCCAUCGUCCCUUUGAUGUGGUGAAGUUGUCCUGUCCCCUUAGCAGAAAAACACCCCCAAAGCAUAAUGUUUCCACCACCAUGUUUGACGGUGGGGAUGGUGUUCUUGGGGUCAUAGGCAGCAUUCCUCAUCCUCCAAACACAGCGAGUUGAGUUGAUGCCAAAGAGCUUGAUUUUGGUCUCAUCUGACCACAACACUUUCACUCAGUUCUCCUCUGAAUCAUUCAGAUGUUCAUUGGCCAACUUCAGACGGGCAUGUAUAUGUGCUUUCUUGAGCAGGGGGACCUUCAUGGCGUAGUGUGUUACCAAUUGUUUUCUUGGUGACUAUGGUCCCAGCUGCCUUGAGAUCAUUGACAAGAUCCUCCCGUGUAGUUCUGGGCUGAUUCCUCACCGUUCUCAUGAUCAUUGCAACUCCACGAAGUGAGAUCUUGCAUGGAGCCGCAGGCCGAGUGAGAUUGACAGUUAUUUUGUGUUUCUUCCAUUUGCGAAUAAUCGCACCAACUGUUGUCACCUUCUCACCAAGCUGCUUGGCGAUGGUCUUGUAGCCCAUUCCAGCCUUGUGUAGGUCUACAAUCUUGUCCCUGACAUCCUUGGAGAGCUCUUUGGUCUUGGCCAUGGUGGAGAGUUUGGAAUCUGAUUGAUUGAGUGCUUCUGUGGACAGGUGUCUUUUAUACAGGUAACAAACUGAGAUUAGGAGCACUCCCUUUAAGAGUGGAAAUUCUAACCAAAAAGAGAAGAGAGACUGUAGAUUCUUCAAACAACAACUUUAUUGUAAGAUUGGAAAAAAUGGAGCGGUUAACAAUCACUCAAUGGUGCAGAGUUAAGAGCCCAACGAACAGAGUUGGCUCUCAGCUUUUCUAGAAAGGACAACCUCUUUGUUUUACGUGGCAGUUAGCAGAUAUGUGGAAACAGGGGCGGAACAUAGUGUAAAAGGUAAGGGUUGGGGUGAGGUGUGACCCAGGUGCUGUGCAAGAUAUACAGUAGGCAGUAGGCAGAGAUGGUGAAACAAGGAUCUUUACUGGUGGUCCCGAAGCCAAAAUAAAAAAUAACGGACUUAUCACGAUAAAAGAAAGGCGGAGCAAAUAAGUCUCCAAAAACAGGCUGACAGCCAAAAUACGAAAUACUAACUAUGACUGAAACAAAUAACGAAACAGGGAUAACACUUCUCAAGUACCUGUACAUAGAUCUCCGAUCAGACACCGUGUAGUACUUCUGGACAUAGAGAAACUAGCAGAGAAAACUGAGCAAGGGAACACAGGGAAGUGAGGGCAUAAAUACACAGGUUAACCAAUAGACACAGGUGACACCAUUAGAAUGAUGAUUAGUCCCGACUGUGAGUGAGGAGGUGCCUAAGGUUGUCGGAGGAUGACACCUAGUGGGUCACUCCAGAACUGCAACCCCUUUCUGUAACUGCGACCCCCUCUUGUAACAGUAACCCCCCCACCCAAGCUUGGUGAAGACCCAGGCUCCCUGCAACGACUCGAAUGCCGUCGUCAUCAAGGGGAGUGGGUAGCGGUUCUUAACCGCGAUGUCGUUGAGCGCCCGGUAAUCAAUGAGAGGCCGCUGCCCACCGUCCUUUUUCCCCACGAAGAAGAAGCCUGCGCCUGCUGGUGAGGUAGAGGGAUAGAUUUGACCCUCGACAAGUACCUCGUCGAUAUACUCCCUCAUGGCCAGCGUCUCCGGCCGGGACAAGGCAAACAAUCGCCCUCGUGUGGGCAUGGCGCCCGGCAGGAGAUCGAUAGCGCAGUCGUAAGGCGUGUGAGGAUGUAGGCACUUGGCACGCCUCUUACUAAAAUACUCCUGGGGAACGCCUGCCAGGUCUGUAGCCGCUGUCUGUAUCCACCGUCCUCCCGGUGGCAGAUGCCGCAAGGGUGGUAGGCGAUUCGGAGUGCGGGCCCUGGGGAAGACGUGAGGACUGGUAGGUUGACUGGGACGGUCGUUUGGGCUGAUGAGUGGUCUGUGGAGACUGGAACAGGAUUGGGGCGGAGCCUGCCUCCAGGAUGAGCCGCCCCGUGGAUCAGUCUAUCAGGGGUUAGUGGGCGACCAGGACUCCGGAGAGUCCUCAAUGAAAAACUGGAUAUCCUCCUACAGCCCCCCCACCACCCGGAUAGUGCGCUGGGUGAUGAAGCCCGACCUCAACGGCCGGCCGUCCAGGCCCAUGACCGGAACCGGCUCGGAGAGGGAGAGUAACGGAACGCUCCACCCUUGGGCCAGCCCCGCGUCCAUCAGGUUUCCCGCGGCCCCAGAAUCCACCAGUGCAUACGCCCGACGCGCAGCUCAGGCCCACUGAACCCUGAUAGGGAGAAAAGUCUGGGAGUCUCUGGAGUUGGGGUUUCGGUUCCGGCUCUCUAGCUCCCCUCCCGAUACUAGCGAGCCCUCCCAUUUCCCGGCUUCUUCUGGCAUGAGUCGCAGUGCUAACCUGCUUGGACGCAGUACAGGCAACGUCCCUGGCGCAGACGCCUCUGCCUCUCCAUCCUGGACAAGCGCGCCGCCCCCAGCUGCAUAGCCUCCUCCUGAGGCGUCUUCUCCCUGAAUCGGCGGAAAGCCUCUGGGUUGAUAGGUGGACGUGGAGGCGUGCCUUGCGUCAUCCCUCUCUCAUGCGCCCUCUCAUGACGGCGAUUGUCUACCCGCACCGAGAGUUCAAUGAGGCUGUCCAGUCAUUCAUGCAAGGAGAGUUCGUCCUUCAUCCCCUCCGAUAGCCCCUGGGCGUAAAGGACGACCAGGGCGGCCUCCUCCCAUCCUGCCUCUCGAGCCCGGCCACUUAUAUAGCUAGGCCACGUAUAUAGUUAUAAACAUACUAAAACGUGCUCAAGUCAAUUAGUCAGUUUCCAACAGUCCCUCAUCUAGAACAAUGAUCACUCGCAUGUUUCACACAACCUAGAAAUCAUAUUGACUUUCACAGGGAAGAAAGAGAACACGUUAUAACAGUUUCAAACCAACCUUGAUGAUAAUGAGAUUGGGGUGAGGACCACAAAGCCCCUACUAUCAACAUCCCAAUUAUGGAUAGCCCAAGCCAGUGGGUUUUCUGGUAACCUCCCUCUCGGAAGACACAAAAAGAUAAGGUUUCCCUGGGAGGAACCCUCCCUAGACUGGAUUCUUACAAAUAUUUAAUUAGUUUCAGAAACCACCUGCAGGAUGAGCAGUGCACCCUCCCCUCACUUUGUACUCUCCUCACAGUUUUAGGGGCAGCUUUCUGUCUCUCCGUCUCGCCUUUCCGAAUCAUAAUUAGACCUAUUGAUAAAUUAUACAACCCAAAUUUAGAAUGACAGUCCUUAGUGCUUCACGUUGGUUCUCUCACUCAAAUUUUAAGACCCUCAACUUAGCACAUACUGGUGCUGGCAGAAUGUACAUUUACAUUGACAUACAGUAUAUUCAUCUUAUUUUUCUAGCAUUAACUUUUCUCAUGACGACCCCCAUUUGUGGUAAUGACAGAUUGAUAUCUCAAGGCAUUCUUAGUCUAAAUUACUAUACAUUUCCCAGUGUGCAGACCUCCACAAUCAACCUGAUACCCCAAAUAAACAAUUUUGGACAAGCCAUCAUCAAUUACGGGCACGGUUGACCACCCCCCUCCUUCAGGGCACUCAUUCUUCUGGCGUCUUCAUUUUCUAAUUCAGAUAGCUUUACAGUUUGUCUUCCCAAUGGCACACAUGUUCAAAGUGGAUGGCCCUUGAUAAUAUCCCAUUUUACCAAGCAUACGAAUCUCUCACCUGAGCCGCCACUGUCCUUUACUCUCCGUUAUGUCUUGUCCAUCCUCCUACCAGUAUACCAGCAUCAUAAGAGAAGUUUGGACGAGAUCUCUCUCCAUGCUCACUCCACGUGGACUCGUGUCGCACUCCUGAGAGAAAAGGCAUGAGGAAAAAGGCAGUUGAUAGCUUCGACUGGAUGCUGUGGACAGGUUGCUGGCUCGGACUCAGGUCUCACGAUAGAAGUGGUGAAGGACAGGGCCAUAGUGAACACCAUUUUCGCCAUUACUUCAGCAGGUUAGAGGGAGUGAGGUUCACACCGUUCCUGGCCGAAUUAUCCCUUCCAUGCAUGUAGAUACCAUCUGUGGUCACCUUCGCCAUAACCUGGAGAGAGAGGACAGACCAGAACAACAGUUUAGUUUAGGGCAUUUCUGAUUCAAGAAGUUAUUUACUGUAUGACAAAUGACAAAUGAUUCACGUACCAAUAUUCUUAAUACAGAUUUCUAAGACAAAUGUCAAAGAGAACAACAACACACAAUUAAACAAUUUUUGCAAAUUUGCUUAUACUCCCUUAUCACAUUGGCGACCUCACCACAACAUUACAGGUUCAGGGAGUUAGAGGGCUAAUCCUUAGGGACAAAUCCCAACCAUCCAGCAGACCCACUCUGAUGAGAUUUGUUCUUGAAGCAAGACAAAAACAAAGAAAACAUCAACAGCAAUACAAAUAUAUCACUAGAGGUUGGGAAAACUUCAAUCCAUUUGGAGUAACUGUCAACAUAUUUUUUCCUUUUACAGGCAGGCAUGUGUGGAAAAUCUAUUUGCAUAUUUACCCAAAGGGCCCCAGGGGACUGGUAAUUCCCCCUUUGGACACAUGACUCACAUCGUGAUUCAUGCAUCCCCCCAAUAAACAACACAGCCUGUUAAGUCAAAAUAGCAAAUAAAAUUAGAAUUACAAGCCUUGAUAACUCCAUCUUAACUUAAUUGUAUCCCAUAAGGUAAUUCAAGGAAUAGUAAAAUAGACUAGAGACAGGUGUCCCUCAUUCAGGGGCAGCGCUCUCUCUCUGUCCUUCUCGUGGUCCGAAUCACAUAUAGGACUAUUGCUAAAUUAUAAACUUCUUCCCAAUCAUUAGUGUUUACAUAUUACAUUUAAAUCUCACCCAAUGUCUCUAGGCUCUCUAGUGAGGGUGAUCAGGCCUCACCAGAAAGUCAGAACAGCGGUCAGAGGUCAUUCAACCCCAUUAAGUGGGUGUUUCUUUCCCUUUUCUUCCUCUGUAUCUCCAACAUGAUUUAAACAAUGUUUAUUCAAACAUUUCAAACAUUUUGUGUAUCAGGUUUACAUUGGGUUUUUCAGUACAUUUCUUAUCAGGAGAAUUUACAUGUGUGCAACCAAAACUCUGACAAUAGAAACGUUAGAACAUUUAAUUUCUGUGCCCUUUAAGGUGUAUCAUUUCUAACCUGUGAAAAACCCACUAAAACUAAAAUAAAAAGACCCCACACAAUAAAUCACACACGGUAUUAACACCACUAACAAAUAUUCAUAACAGGUGGGUUGUGUAUGUUUGUGCCGGCAUUUGUUGUAUAACGUAGGGUGAAAACAAACAAAUGGCCAGGCCUUACUUAAUUGGGAGCUCCCUUUACGGCCGGAUCUGCAUACCUUUAUACUUAAUAGAACUGCAGAAUUUCAUUAACUGCUCUCCCAAGACAACACCGUCGGGAAACAUUUAAAAGGGAGAGAUAGGGACACCCCAUCCUCUCCUGGAAUAGAAAAUAAACAUUUAGUUAGUUUUCACUUUGCUAAAUCUUAAUCAGUCCAAACAAUUCAACAUUUUAAUUCUUACUUUCCAAUUAACUUUCCAAUUCAUUUCUUUCCCGCUUCCUUUGUUACUUUCACUAGUCUACAUACCUGUUUCCUUCAACUCAGAAAGCACUCUCAAUCACCAUCACCCAGUACAUUUCUCUUCCACUCUAACACUUGUUUCAUUCUACAAUCUCUACUAAACUCUACCUCUGUCUUUCCAGCUAACGUUACUUUACCAGGUGAACAAAACGUUUUAAAUUACAGACAAAACAAAACAUGAUAACUUCUGUUCACAGGGAGGCCACUGUCCUCCCUCCACUCUUUAAUCAUUUGUGUUUUAAUCCACUCCAACAUUUACUGUAUAUACUAUAACCAAUCUCCGUUGGAUGUUCACUAUUUGCUUCACACUCAUUUCAUUGGUUAUUAAUCUUAUACUUUACAGUCUAAGAAUUAACAAUCCACACUCUCCUCAUUCACACGGGAGGCUAUUCCUCCUGUCAAAAAGUUUAGUCAUUCACACUUAUUCUCUCAUACAUGCAUGUUCAACACACCACUGUGCAGUAUUCAACACUCACUUCUCUAUUUUCGCUACUCGUAGCUCUCAGGCUACAUAGCCAUUUAUCUUAUGUCUAUCUUCACUACUCGUAGCUCUCAGGCUACAUAUACAUCUUACGCCUACAAACAGUACUUCCAACGGGGCUCUCACUAGCUCGCCAAAUCCCCUCUCUGGGAUUUAGGAUCCUUGUCAUUAUUUUCACUACAAAUUCAUUUAAAUUGACUUACUGAAAUUCAGUGGGUUAUAAAUUGACUAACUGAAAUUCAGUGGGUUGUCCUGUUCAGAUUCGUGAAUGUGGUGUGUUCUCCCAGGCAGUCAUCAGUGGAGGUCUGGUCAGGGCGGGUCCACUCGUCUUUGGUUGGACAGGAAUUUCCCUCACUCUCCCACGGAGAAUGCCACCGGUGUCUCCUUCGCAGAACUUCACUGUUGCUCUGCCCAGACAGAAUCACACAUGACUGUUCGUGACGCCAUUAAACUCGGUCCACACGCAUCGCACUAUGCGGUAGAGCAUGAUACUUCUAGGAAUGCACAAUUUCUCUUUCACUUAGCGCAAAGUGAUUUCGACAAUUAAAAAUGUAAAUUACAAUGUAAACGUACUCAAUGUUGUUUUGUAGUCAAGUCGUUAACUACAAGUAUUUGACUCUGACUUCCUUACUCCGAGGGUUCCGUGGAGCUGAGAUGUGGAACCCCAACACCAAGAUGAGUGAAGACUGUCUCUACCUCAACAUAUGGACUCCUCCCCCUUCGUCUAAGACACACCCUAAACGUUCCAAGAGCUCCUCCCCUGAUUCCUCAUUAGCUCCUGUCAUGGUGUGGAUAUACGGGGGCGGGUUCACUACAGGCACCGCCUCCCUAGACCUGUAUGACGGACAAUUCCUUAGCCAAUCAGAAGGCGUGGUGGUAGUGUCCAUGAACUACAGGUUGUCCUGGAACAAUAGAGUGAAACUAAUAUACUUAUUUGAGCUUCAUGUAUUCAUGUUUUAAAAAUACGCCGAUAAUAAUGUUUGUUUUGAUUGGACACAGGCUCGGCCCGUUGGGUUUCCUGUCUCUUCCUGAGAGCAAGUUUGUCCGUGGCAACGCUGGAAUGCUGGACCAGCGCUUGGCUCUGCACUGGGUAGCCAAUAACAUCGCUGCCUUCGGCGGCGACCCUUCAAAGGUUACUCUCCUUUUUUCUAUUACUGUUUAAAAAUAUAUAUAUAUUCUUUAUUUUACAAUGUUUAGUUAUUCUCCGUUUUUAUGUUGUUGUUGUCAGGUGACGUUGUUUGGGGAGAGCGCUGGCGCUGCGUCUGUGGGUCUCCAUCUCCUCUCCCCUGGCAGCCAUGGUCUGUUCAACAGGGCAAUACUACAGAGUGGUUCCCCUAACACUCCAUGGGCUGUCAUGACUCAACAGCAGGCCUGGAACAGGUCACUGUCCCUGGGUAGGCUGCUGGGUUGUCCCCUGGCACCUCUGGCUGUCCUGGAGCAGUGUCUACUAAGAGCCCAUCCAGAGGAUAUAAUCAACCAGCAGUACAACGUCCUCUCUCUCCCCACGCUCAUUGCAUUACCAUUUACCCCCUCUGUCGACCAAAACUUCCUACCAGACAUGCCCGAGGUGUGUGUGAAUUUAUGGUUGCUUGUUUGGGCCCAAAGGCACUGAACAAACAAGCAGCUGACUCCCGUGGAUAUUUCCAGUGUCAUAAUGUCUAAUAUUCUCUAUCUGGUCCUAUAGGUUCUGCUCCGGACGGGACACUUCCUGAAGAAAGAGGUGCUGAUUGGUUUGAACCAAGAUGAGGGGACCUACUUCCUGGUUUACGGGGCGCCAGGAUAUGACAUCACUAGCCAGAGCCUGAUCAGCAGGGAGAACUUCCUGAAAGGGGUGGACCUAGUGUUGCCGGGAUUCAGUAAUGUCACGAGGGAGACAGCCAUCUUCCAGUACACUGAUUGGACAGAUGAGAAUAGUGCGUUGAAGAAUCGUGAUUUGCUCGGACGAAUGGUGGGAGACCGUUAUUUUAACUGCCCUGUGCUGGAGUUUGCCCAGAGGUAAGGACAACAUAUUGUAGAGUUACACAAAGCUCUAAUGCAGGGGUCUCCAUCCCUGUUCCUGGAGAGCUACCCUUCUGUAUGUUUUUAAUCCAACCCCAGUGUAACUAACCUGCUUCAUUUUAUCAACCAGUUAAUUAUUAGAAUCAAGUGCAUUAGAUCAGGGUUGGUGUGAAAACCUACAGGACCAGUAGUUAUCCUGUACAGCAAUGCAUUAUUCACAGCGCCUUGCAAAAGUAUUCAUUCCCCUUGUCGAUUUUCCUAUUUUGUUGCAUUACAACCUGCAAUUUUAUUUGGAUUUCAUUUAAUGGACAUACACAAAAUCGUCCAAAUUGGUGAAGUGUAAUGAAAAAAAAUUACUUGUUUCAAAAAAAUUCUAAAAAAUAAAUAACGGAAAAGUGGGUCAUGCAUAUGGAUUCACCCCCCUUUGCUAUGAAGCCCCUAAAUAAGAUCUGGUGCAACCAAUUACCUUCAGAAGUCACAUAAUUAGUUAAAUAAAGUCCACCUGUGUGCAAUCUAAGUGUCACAUGAUCUGACACAUGAUCUCAGUGUAUAUACACCUGUUCUGAAAGGCCCCAGAGUCUACAACCCCACCAAGCAAGGGGCACCACCAAGCAAGCGGCACCAUGAAGACCAAGGAGCUCUCCAAACAGGUCAGGGACAAAGUUGUAGAGAAGUACAGAUCAGGGUUGGGUUAUAAAAAAAUAUCUGAAACAUUGAACAUCCCACGGAGCACCAUUAAAUCAUUUUUUUUUUAUGGAAAUAAUAUGGCACCACAACAAACCUGCCAAGAGAGGGCCGCCUACCAUAACUCACAGACCAGGCAAGGAGGGCAUUAAUCAGAGAGGCAACAAAGAGACCAAAGAUAACUCUGAAGGAGCUGCAAAGCUCCGCAGCGGAGAUUGGAAUGUCUGUCCAUACGACCACUUUAAGCCUAACACUCUACAGAGCUGGGCUUUACGGAAGAUUGGCCAGAAAAAAGCCAUUGCUUAAAGAAAAAAAUAAGCAAACACAUUUGGUGUUCGCCAAAAGGCAUGUGGGAGACUCCCCAAACAUAUGGAAGAAGGUACUCUGGUCAGAUGAGACUAACAUUGAGGUUUUUGGCCAUCAAGGAAAAUGUCUGGCGCAAACCCAACACCUCUCAUCACCGCGAGAACACCAUCCCCACAGUGAAGCAUGGUGGUGGCAGCAUCAUGCUGUGGGGAUGUUUUUCAUUGGCAGGGACUGGGAAACUGGUCAGAAUUGAUGGAAUGAUGGAAGGCGCUAAAUACAGGGAAAGUAUUGAGGGAAACCUGUUUCAGUCUUCCAUAGAUUGGGACAGAGGUUCACCUUCCAGCAGGACAAUGACCAUAAGCAUACUGCUGAAGCAACAUUCAAGUGGUUUAAGGGGAAACAUUUAAAUGUCUUGGAAUGGCCUAGUCAAAGCCCAGACCUCAAUCCAAUUGAGAAUCUGUUGUAUGAAUGAAAGAUUGCUGUACACCAGCGGAACCCAUCAAACUUGAAGGAGCUAGAACAGUUUUGUCUUGAAGAAUGGGCAAAAAUCCCAGUGGAUAGGUGUGCCAAGCUUAUAGAGACAUACCCCAAGAGACUUGCAGCUGUAAUUGCUGCAAAAGGUGGCUCUACAAAGUAUUGACUUUGGGGGGGUGAAUAGUUAUGCACGCUCAAGUUCAGUUUUUUUGUAUUUUUUCUUGUUUGUUUCACAAUAAAAAAUAGUCUUCAAAGUUGUAGGCAUGUUGUGUAAAUCAAAUGAUACAAACCCCCCCAAAAUCAAUUUUAAUUCCAGGUUGUAAGGCAACAAAAUAGGAAAAAUGCCAAGGGGGGUGAAUACUUUCGCAAGCCACUGUACAUGGAAUGUUGAGUUGUGUAGUUAGUAUCUGGCCCCUUUAUGCUCAGUUUUUAAUGAACUCUCCUAUCAUUACCAUACCUGCCCCCAGGUACACAGAACACUGGGGUAAGGCCCGCCUCUUCCUGUUUGACCACCGCUCCUCCACCAAUUCCUGGCCGGCAUGGAUGGGUGUGAUGCACGGCUAUGAAAUUGAGUUCGUCUUUGGAAUGCCGCUGAACAGCACCCUGGGAUACCUGGAGGACGAAGUGGUCAUGAGCAGGAGGAUGAUGAAGUACUGGGCGAACAUGGCUAGGACCGGGUGAGAUAGACCUCAUAUAGAUAUUAUAUAGACAUGGCUAGGACCGGGUGAGAUAGACCUCAUAUAGAUAUUAUAUAGACACGGCUAGGACCGGGUGAGAUAGACCUCAUAUAGAUAUUAUAUAGACAUGGCUAGGACCGGGUGAGAUAGACCUCAUAUAGAUAUUAUAUAGACAUGGCUAGGACCGGGUGAGAUAGACCUCAUAUAGAUAUUAUAUAGACAUGGCUGGGACCAGGUGAGAUAGACCUCAUAUAGAUAUUAUAUAGACAUGGCUGGGACCAGGUGAGACAUCAUAUACAGUACCAGUCAAAAGUUUGGACACACCUACUCAUUCCAGGGUUUUUCUUUAUUUUUACUAUUUUCUACAUUGUAGAAUAAUAGUGAAUACAUCAAAACUAUGAAAUAACACAUAUAGAAUCAUGUAGUAACCAAAAAGUGUUAAAUAAAUCAAAAUAUAUGUUAUAUUUGAGAUUCUUCAAAUAGCCACCCUUUGCAUUGAUGACAGCUUUGCAGAGUCAUUAUCUCAACCAGCUUCACCUGGAAAGCUUUUCCAACAGUCUUGAAGGAGUUCCUACAUAUGCUUCUUAAGGUAGUCACCUGGAAUGCAUUUCAAUUAACAGAUGUACAUUCUUUAAAGUUAAUUUGUGGAAUUUAUUUCCUUAAUGCGUUUGAGCCAAUCAGUUGUGUUGUGACAAGGUGUGUGGGGGGGGGGGGGGGGGGGGGGGGGGAUACAGAAGUAAUCCCUAUUUGGUAAAAGAUCAAGAACAGCUCAAAUAAGCAAAGGGAAACGACAGUCCAUCAUUACUUUAAGACAUGAAGGUCAGUCAAUACGCAGUCGCAAAAAACAUCAAGCGCUAUGAUGAAACUGGCGGUCAUAAGGUCCGCCACAGGAAUGGAAGACCCAGAGUUACCUUUGCUGCAGGGGAUAAGUUCAUUAGAGUUACCAGCCUCAGAAAUUGCAGCCCAAAUAAAUGCUUCACAGAGUUCAAGUAACAGACACAUCUCAACAUGUGUUCAGACGGGACUGUGUGAAUCAGGCCUUCAUGGUCAAAUUGCUGCAAAGAAACCACUACUAAAGGACACCAAUAAUAAGAAGAGACCUGGUUGGGGCAAGAAACACGAGCAAUGGACAUUAGACCGGUGGAAAUAUGUCCUUUGGUCUGGAGUCCAAAUUGGAGAUUUUGGGUUCUAACUGCUGUGUCUUUGUGAGACGCGGUGUAGGUGAACGGAUGAUCUCUGCAUGUGUAUUGCCCACACGUAAAGCAUGGAGGAGGAGGUGUGAUGGUGUGUGGGUGCAUUGCCUGUGACACUGUCUGUGAUUUAUAUAGAAUUCAAGGCACACUUAGCCAGCAUGACUACCACAGCAUUCUACAGCGAUACGCCAUCCCAUCUGGUUUGGGCUUAGUGGGACUAUCAUUUGUUUUUCAAGAGGACAAUGAUCCAACACACCUCCAGGCUGUGUAAGGGCUAUUUUACUAAGAAUGAGAGUGAUGGAGUGCUGCAUCCAAUUGAGAUGGUUUGACAUGAGUCGGACCGCAGAGUGAAGGAAAAGCAACCAACAAGUGCUCAGCAUAUGUGGGAACUCCAUCAAGACUGUUGGAAAAUCAUUCCAGGUGAAGCUGGUUGUGAGAAUGCCAAGAGUGUGCAAAACUGUCAUCAAGGCAAAGGGUGGCUAUUUGAAGAAUCUCAAAUAUAGAAUAUUCUUUGAUUUGUUUAACACUUUUUUGUUUACCAUAUGAGUCCAUAUGUGUUAUUUCAUAGUUUUGAUGUCUUCACCAUUAUUCUACAAUGUACAAUUACAUUUUAGUCAUUUAGCAGACGCUCUUAUCCAGAGCGACUUACAGGAGCAAUUAGGGUUAAGUGCCUUGCUCAAGGGCUUAACAACAGAUUUUUCACCUAGUCGGCUCGGGGAUUAGAACCAACAACCUUUCGGUUAGUGGCACAACGGUCUUAACCGCUAAGCUACCUGCCGCCCCCAUGUAGAAAAUAGUCAAGGUAAAGAAAAACCUUUGAAUGAGUAGGUGUGUCCAAACUUUUGACUGGUAUUGUAGAUAUUAUAUAGACAUGGCUGAGACCAGGUGAGACCUCGUAUAGAUAUUAUAUAGACAUGUCUGAGACCAGGUGAGACGUCAUAAAGAUAUGAUGCAUAUCAGAUCAUAUAUUUAUUUUUUAUUUUUUUAUUUAACAUGUUAUUUUAACAGGGAAGACAUUGAGACCUACAGUAUGUCUCUUUUACAAAUAUGCCCUUUAUAUACAACAUAUAUAUACAGUGGGGAAAAAAAGUAUUUAGUCAGCCACCAAUUGUGCAAGUUCUCCCACUUAAAAAGAUGAGAGAGGCCUGUAAUUUUCAUCAUAGGUACACGUCAACUAUGACAGACAAAUUGAGAAAUAAAAAUCCAGAAAAUCACAUUGUAGGAUUUUUUAUGAAUUUAUUUGCAAAUUAUGGUGGAAAAUAAGUAUUUGGUCACCUACAAACAAGCAAGAUUUCUGGCUCUCACAGACCUGUAACUUCUUCUUUAAGAGGCUCCUCUGUCCUCCACUCGUUACCUGUAUUAAUGGCACCUGUUUGAACUUGUUAUCAGUAUAAAAAACACCUGUCCACAACCUCAAACAGUCACACUCCAAACUCCACUAUGGCCAAGACCAAAGAGCUGUCAAAGGACACCAGAAACAAAAUUGUAGACCUGCACCAGGCUGGGAAGACUGAAUCUGCAAUAGGUAAGCAGCUUGGUUUGAAGAAAUCAACUGUGGGAGCAAUUAUUAGGAAAUGGAAGACAUACAAGACCACUGAUAAUCUCCCUCGAUCUGGGGCUCCACGCAAGAUCUCAUCCCGUGGGGUCAAAAUGAUCACAAGAACGGUGAGCAAAAAUCCCAGAACCACACGGGGGGACCUAGUGAAUGAACUGCAGAGAGCUGGGACCAAAGUAACAAAGCCUACCAUCAGUAACACACUACGCCGCCAGGGACUCAAAUCCUGCAGUGCAAGAAAUGUCCCCCUGCUUAAGCCAGUACAUGUCCAGGCCCGUCUGAAGUUUGCUAGAGUGCAUUUGGAUGAUCCAGAAGAGGAUUGGGAGAAUGUCAUAUGGUCAGAUGAAACCAAAAUAUAACUUUUUGGUAAAAACUCAACUCGUCGUGUUUGGAGGACAAAUAAUGCUGAGUUGCAUCCAAAGAACACCAUACCUACUGUGAAGCAUGGGGGUGGAAACAUCAUGCUUUGGGGCUGUUUUUCUGCAAAGGGACCAGGACGACUGAUCUGUGUAAAGGAAAGAAUGAAUGGGGCCAUGUAUCAUGAGAUUUUGAGUGAAAACCUCCUUCCAUCAGCAAGGGCAUUGAAGAUGAAACGUGGCUGGGUCUUUCAGCAUGACAAUGAUCCCAAACACACCGCCCGGGCAACAAAGGAGUGGCUUCGUAAGAAGCAUUUCAAGGUCCUGGAGUGGCCUAGCCAGUCUCCAGAUCUCAACCCCAUAGAAAAUCUUUGGAGGGAGUUGAAAGUCCGUGUUGCCCAGCGACAGCCCCAAAACAUCACUGCUCUAGAGGAGAUCUGCAUGGAGGAAUGGGCCAAAAUACCAGCAACAGUGUGUGAAAACCUUGUGAAGACUUACAGAAAACGUUUGACCUGUGUCAUUGCCAACAAAGGGUAUAUAACAACGUAUUGAGAAACUUUUGUUAUUGACCAAAUACUUAUUUUCCACCAUAAUUUGCAAAUAAAAUCAUUAAAAAUCCUACAAUGUGAUUUUCUGGAUUUUUUUUCCUCAUUUUGUCUGUCAUAGUUGACGUGUACCUAUGAUGAAAAUUACAGGCCUCUCUCAUCUUUUUAAGUGGGAGAACUUGCACAAUUGGUGGCUGACUAAAUACUUUUUUCCCCCACUGUAUACACAUUAUACUCAACCUAUAUACCUAUAUAUUCUCUGGGAAUUAAAUGUAUUCAGACCCCUUUACUUUUUUCAAAUUUUGUUACAUUACAGCCUUAUUCUAAAAUUGAUUAAAUAGUUUUUUCCUCAUCAAACUACACACAAUACCCCAUAAUGACAAAGCAAAAACAGGUUUUUAGAAAUUGUUGCACUUUUUUUAUUUUAUUUUUUUACAGAAAUAUCACAUUAACUAAGUAUUCAGACCCUUUACUGAGGACUUUGUUGAAGCACCUUUGGCAGCAAUGACAACCUCAAGUCUUCUUGGGUAUGACGCUACAAGCUUGGCAUACCUGUAUUUGUGGAGUUUCUCCCAUUCUUCUCUGCAGAUCCUCUCAAGCUCUGUCAGGUUGGAUGGGGAGCGUUGCUGCACAGCUAUUUUCAGGUCUCUCCAGAGAUGUUCGAUUGGGUCCGGGCUCCGGCUGGGCCACUCAAGGACAUUUAGAGACUUGUUCCGAAGCCACUCCUGCAUUGUCUUGGCUGUGUGCUUAGGGUUGUUGUCCUGUUGAAAGGUGAACCUUCGCCCCAGUCUGAGGUCCUUGUCACGUUCGUUGAAGGACGGGUCAGACCAAGGCACAGCGUGAAAUGCAUACAUGUUUAUUAUAUAAACUAAACACACGAACAAAACAACGUAACGUGAAAUCCUCAGGCUAAACACAAUACAAGCCUAUACACAGAACAAGAUCCCACAACUAAUGAUUGCCAACAGGCUACUUAAGUAUGAUCCCCAAUCAGAGACAACGAGCGACAGCUGCCUCUGAUUGGGAAUCACACCCGGCCAAACAUAGAAACACAAAACCUAGAAUGUAAACAGAAAUAAUAACAUAGAUCUCCACACCCUGACUCAACAUACAAGAGUCCCAUGAGUCAGGGCAUGACAGUCCUGAGCAGUCUGGAGCAGGUUUUCAUCAAGGAUUUCUCUGUACUUUCUCCGUUCAUCUUUGCCUCAAUCCUGACUAGUCUCCCAGUCCCUGCCGCUGAAAAACAUCCCCACAGCAUGAUGCUGCCACCACCAUGCUUCACCAUAGGGAUUGUGCCAGGUUUCCUCCAGACAUGACGCUUGGCAUUAAGGCCAAAGAGUUCAAUCUUGGUUUCAUCAGACCAGAGAAUCUUGUUUCUCAUGGUCUGAGAGUCUUUAGGUGCCUUUUGGCAAACUCCAAGCGUACUGUCAUGUGCCUUUUUCUGAGGAGUGGCUUCCGUCUGGCCACUCUACCAUAAAGGCCUGAUUGGUGGAGUGCUGCAGAGAUUUCUAAGUCAGUGUAAAGUUACUCUCACGGUUUUACUGACAUGAUUGGUUGAUUGUUGUGUUUUCCCUGGCAGGAACCCAAGCAUAGAGGAAGGGGAUUGGCCACUUUUCACCCUGGACCAACAGGAAUACAUCACCCUAAACUCUUCCCCUCCACACACUCAAAAGAGGCUUGCAGCUCAUCAAUGUCAGUUCUGGAACAACUUCCUCCCCAAACUGCAGGACGUCACUGGUGAGAACACACACAGGCACACACAUACGCAAGUGUGAUGGCCGUGUCAGGCCGCACAUCAAAAAUAUAAUUGCUUCUUAUGCACAUUAAUCUUGCACAUAGUGGGCAGAGAUUGGGUGAUGCUGCAUCAGGGCCCUCCAGGGGCCUCUGAUGCCUAAACUAGUCUGUGGAAGUGCACCAUGGCUGGGUUGGCCAAGGCUCCAGCUCCCUCUCCUCUCCAGAGUGCUGGAGGUCUGAGUGGGAGUCGGGUAAGUCUCCACUUCACAGAGCUCCAACUGUAGAGGGUGAAUAACACUCACUCCCCUGCACUUAAUUCAUUACACACACACGCAUCGGGCUCAUUAUACAAACAGCAUCUGUGGCCUCCCCGGUUUGAAGAUCAUGAUGUGGCUGUGCGUGCGUAUGAGGUGUAACCCAAGGGAAUCUUCAGGUCAAGAUAAUUUUGUUGUUAAUCUACUUAGUCAAAGAUAACUCACCGGAAAUUAUUUAUUUAGGAAGUAUUUUAGAUCCACUUGCCUUAUUUCAUUGUUUAGGCUUUUUGAAAGGUUGCUAGGUGAUCUGUGUACUUCUAAAUGUGUGUUUUUUUGGUUAGUUCUCUUGGCACAAUAUAAAAGAGCACUUACGUUUAGUUGGUUUGGUUUUCUUUAAUCCUGAGAGAGAAAAGAUGGUAGCUUAACAGUGUUUUCAAGCUGUGUGUGUAUGUGGUUUGUCUCUGCAUGCAAAUUGCACAGCACAAAGCUGACAAACACACAAACACACAUUACGAUACAGAGAUAUGUAUAUCCCUUCUACAAGGUUGAGGUCAAUUGUGUUUGGAACAUUUAACUGGGAUGGAACUCGUGUGUGUGUGUGUUUGAUUGGCGCGGGACAUUGGAGUCCCCGGCCUUUGUGAUUUGGGGAAGUGUGAUUGAUUUUGACGCUGAUAUGGAAUCAAUCAAUGGAGUCUAAUUCCUGUGCACGGACGUCCGCUGGGUUCUGUGCUUCGUUGCACAAAAUGGCAAAAAAAAUGUUUUCUCUGUCUUAAUUUGUUGCACACACACACUUCCUGAAGUUCAGAGGUGGUUGAUGCCAACAAAUGUCAUUGCCAUUGUCAUUUACAGUGUUAUUUGCGGUUCGCUUUAACCCAAGUCUAUUAGUUGGGGAGGUUGGCUUUGCCCUUGUCACGACUUCCGCCGAGGCUGCCUCCCCUCCUUGUUCGGGCAGGCUUCGGCGUUCGUCGUCACCGGCUUACUAACCACUGCCGCCCCAAUUAUCAUCAUCACAUUUGUCUUGUCUUGUCAAUCACACACACCUGGUUCUAAUCCCCUCAUUAGUCUGUGUAUAUGUGUUCCCUCUUUUCCCUUGUCCUUUUGGGUGAUUGUUUGUAUGUGAGAGUAGUGUAGCUCGGUGGAGCUACUCGUAUCAUUUUGCUUUAACCUUAAGUCUAUUAGUUGGGGAGGUUGGCUUUGCCCUAAGUUUAUUAGUUGGGGAUGUGUGUUGCAUUCAAAAGAUAAGCAAAGCAUAAUCAAAGACGAAAAGAGUGAGCAAUGUGAACAAAGAACUUAGGAAAUUAUCACACAUUGGGAAAAGCAAGAAGCAAAGGUCUUUGCAAAGGGCAAAGGCAAAAACAGAGUUUUGGCAUUAAUACGUGUUUUAUUGGAAUAAUGUGUAUGGAGUCGAUGCCUAAUUAUUAACUUUCCUCCUGAGCUGUCCCUUUACUAACUCAUGGACAACUAGAAAAAGCUCAAACCAAGUUUAUUCACCCACUGGGUCAUACAGCUGCAAAGACAUGUUUACACAAGCACAUAUAUUUAUACCCUCCUACCAGGCGAAGUCAACUCCUUACACAUCUAGACAGUCAAUACAUCUCUGUUGCUAGGCAGGAACUUAAUUGGUUCCUCUCACUGGUGUAGUCAUGGCCCUGCCUCAUGCUAGAACCGUUGUAGGCGUGGAAGUAUAUAUGUGUGGGAUAGUACUGUUCCUUCUCACUUCAUCUGACCUCAGACCAAAUUUCUCGCUCCUCCCUAAUCCGCGUCUGUCCUACCUUGUCAGUGACUGAAACAAGACUGUUGCCCUUUGCCGCCAUCCUUAUGAGCCAUGAGAUUUAACAAGAACAUGUUUUGACAGAAUGUAAACUUUCUGUACUUCCCCUGGUCUCACUCAGUAACUUUCCAUACACCUAGUUCUUAUCCACCCUCCAUUGACCCCAACAUAUACAUUCCUUAUAUAUGUAAAGCAGUCAAUAAGUUCUAGUGUGGUAACAUGAAUAAGUAUAUUUCAUGUUAGAACCCUAACAGUCCCUCCUUUUUUAAUAGUAAUUCCAUGCUGUUCAACAUUAUAUAAACUUAGAAAUUACUUAUAAAUGAACAAAAAGGAAACAUUAUUAAUGUUCUCAGUUGAUUUGUAUGUUUAUACCUCCGAGACAUAUGACCUCUGACUUCUAAUCACACUAUUGCACACUCUUAUCCCCCCUCUCGUUUUCAGCUGGAGCUUUUGACUUUCUCAGACAAGCCCUCCCCCUUCCUGAGUCUAGGAUGUACAAUGAAUCUCUGUGGCUAAGUAGGUGGUGUUAUCGCCCGAGUCCAGAACCUCUGGUACUCCACCACUCAUCUCCCGGUCUUCUUAUCAGUAGGGAGUAUACAUUCUUGCACCUUGCCUCAGUCUAUUGUUAAUUAUCCGGACUCAUACACAAAGAGCUAUUUGAGAAUAAGCGACCCAUUCAUACUCAAGUGACUAUCAUGAUGCAAAAUAUAGAGAGAAUAUAAUGAUAUAAAACAGUGAAGCUAUAAGACAGUGUUAUAGGGCAAUAGUUCUCAAUCUAUAGUAUUAGCUCUAUCAUAUGCCUCCUAUUUCACCCUUAUGGAAACAUUCGGCCUCAAAUACAUUUGCACAUAAAUCAUUCCAUCUAACCCAUAACUCGUUAAUCACUACUGCUUGGCCACUUAUAUAGUUAUAAACAUACUAAAACAUGCUCAAAUCAAUUAGUCAGUUUUCAACAUUCCCUCAUCUGGAACAAUGAUCACUCACAUGUUCCACGCCACCUAGACCCAACUUUAGAAUGACAGUCCCUAAUGCUUCACGUUGAGUCGUUUUACUCGAAUUUAAGACCCUCAACUUAGCACACCCUGGCAGAAUGUACAUUUACAGACAGGGGGAAAAUAUCUAUACAGUAUGUAGUACUUAUAUUACCAGCAUUAACUUUUCUCAUCACGGCCACCGUUUGUCCCUGUCGUUCACUGUCGCUAGUGGCAUGUUAAUGACAGAUCAGUAUCUCAAUGCAUUUUAAAAUUACUAUAACAUUCCCAGUGUGCAGUCCCCCACAAUCAACCAGAUACCCCAAAUAAACAGUUUAGGGCAACCCUAAAUCAAUUACGGGCACGGUUGACCACCCCUCUCCUUCCCGGCACUCAUUCUUUUUCUGCCAUCUCUUCAUGUUCUUCUUCAGAUAGCUUUACAGUUCAUCCUCACAGUGGCACACAUGUAACUCAUGCCUGUCGAAGUGGAUGGCCCUUGAUAAUGUCCCGAUUUCAAUAUCUGGGGAACAAUCUGAUUUUCACAAGCAAAUAAAUCUCUCACCUGAGCCACCACCACCAUUAUUUACGGUCCAUUCUGUCUUGUCCAUUUUCCGACCAGUGCACCAGCAGCAUGAGAGGAGUUUUGGACGUGAUCUUUCUCCAUGCUCACUCCACGUGGACGGUCUCAGAACUCAUGCCGCACUCCUGAGAGAAAGGGCAGGUGAUAGCUUCGACUGGAUGCUGUAUACUGGUUGCUGGCUCUGACUCAGGUAUCAGGUAGAUGUGGUGAAGGACAGGGCCGUAGUGAACGCCAUUGUCACUAUUAUUUCAGCCGGUUAGAGGGGGUGAGACUCACACUGUUCUCGGUCGAAUUACCCCUUCCAUUCAUCUAGAUACCAUCUGGGGUCACUAUCGCCAUAACCUCUAGAGAGGACAGACCAGAACAACAGUUUAAGGCAUUUCUGAUUCAGGAAAUCCAGACCAACUAUUCAUCGUAUGACUAGUUAUUACAUUCCCAAUUUUCUUAAUACAACAUUUCUAAGACAAAUGUCAAAAAGAAUAACAACACUGUUGAAACCAUUUUGCAAAUUGGCUAAUACUCCCCUAUCAUAUUGGUGACCUCAUCGCAUAGUUACAGGGUCAGGGAUUUAGUUAGUUAGCUAACCCUUAGGGAGAAAUCCCGACCAUACAUCAGACCCAAUCUGGUGAGAUUUGAUUUGAAAACAAAACAACCAAAGCAACAACAGCUAUUCACUUCUUCAUAUUAUACUUAAAUCUCACACAAUGUAUCUAGCCUCUGAGGGUGAUAAGGCCUCACCAGAAAGUCAGAACAGAGGUCAUUCAACACAGUUGAGUAUUUCCUUUCCCUUUUCUUUCCCUGUACUUCAGACUACUUAUUUAAAGACAUUUCAAACAUUUCAAACAUUCUCAGGACCUGGUUUACAUUGGGGUUUUUUCAGUACAUUUCUUAUCAGGAGAACUUGCAUGGGUGCAACCAAAAUUCGGACAAUAGAUACUUUCAUGUCUGUGCUCUUUAAGAUGCAUCCUUUCUAACCUAUGAAGAACCUACUAAAAAAUAAAAAGACCCCACACAAUAAAUCAGACACGGUAUUAACACCACUAACAAAUAUUCAUAACAGGUGGGUUGUGUGUGUGUGUGCUGGUGUGUGUGGUAAAACGUAGGGUAAAAACAAACAAAUGGCCAGGCCUUACUUAAUUGGGAGCUCCCUUUACGGCCGGAUCCGGGUACCUUUAUACUUUAUAAACUGCAGAAUUUCACUAACUGCCCUCCCAAGACAACAGCCUGGGGAAACAUUUCAAAGGGAGAGAUAGGGACACCCCAUCCUCUCCUAGAGGAGAAAAUGUACAUUUCAUUCGUUUUCACUAUGCUAAAUCUUAAUCAGCAACACAAACAUUUUAAUUCCAGACAAAACAAAACAUGAUAACUUCUGUUCACAUGGAGUCCACUGUCCUCCCUCCACUAUUAAUCGUUUGUCUUUUAAUCCAUCCCAAACUUUACUGUAUAUACUAUUACCCAUCUCCAUUGGAUAUUCCCUAUUUGCUUCACACUCAUUAAUGUCUACUAUUUUAAAGAUUAAUAUGCACUGAAUCGAGCGAGAUCUACUUUUUUUUGGCCCAUUAAAAUCGAAGCAGUGUUAUGCAAAACCAUUUCUGUCGCCUGUACUGCCCUCAGACACAGAGGCAUUCCUCUCGCCAUCAAGUCUAACGAUUUACUGCAGUACAUUACUGGUCAUCGCUUUUCCCCCAUGAUUUUGCGUAGCUACAAUGGCCUUCAUGUUCAUGAACAAACAUUUUAAAAGGUAAUUUUAGGUUUGGUAACCCCAGUGCUGGCGUUUGACACAAUUGCUUCUUUAGCUCGACAAACGCUUCCUUAAACUCUAUUCUUUCAUCGGGACCCUUCCCCCCUUUUGUCAAUUCUGUAAGUGGCUCAGCAAUUUCAGAAUACGACAGAAUAAAAUGCCUCACAAAAUUGAUAACCCCUAGGGUUUUCCUUAGUGUACGAGGAGUGUUUUGUUGUGCAAGAGUUGUGCCUUUUGAAAUCGAAAACCCCAAAACCUCUUGUUUUGCCAGUUGUGCUUUCUCAUAUGAUGAUUUGUGACCCUGCUCUGUCAAAUAGUUUACUCGCAUGUGAGUUUCUUCGUCUUUUGACGGCAACAACAAAUAAUGUACGUACUGUACCAACAUGGAACCCUUUUUGUGAUUAUUUUAAUGCGGCGUGAUACAAAGUUGGACUAUAUGUAAACCCCAUAGGUGCCCUCACCCACGUGUGCUGCUCCCCCUGACAACAAUACCAAAACCAGUGUUGUGACUCUUCAGCCACCGGCACUGACCAAAAUAUAUUUUUUUAUGUCAAGCAUGCUGUACCAUUCUGAGUCUGAGGGAAUAGAUGCCAAAAGGUCUGCCAAAUCCGCUACCUCGGGUGUAAUUUUCACUGUAUGGUUGUUCAUGCUGUGAAAAUCCACUGUAAUAAGCCAUUUUAGUCCCUUUUUCGCUGGGAAUAAAGGGCUGUUGCACCGAUCUGGUCCUCGUACCACCAUGCCUCGUUCAAGUAAUAUUGGAAGAUCCUCCGUCACCGACUUCUCAGCCUCCGGUUUAAUAGGGUAUCAAUUAAUUGGUUACGACGGCUCUCCCUCCACCACAACAGGCUUGCAACCUUUAAUCAGACCACAAUCUAAUGCGUCUUUUGCCCAUAGUAGAUGAUGAUUGUUCGUACUGCCAAUUUUAAUUUGUUACCUUUUAGAAUCCAACCCCAAAAUCGGUUCCACACCCGUCGCCAUGUAA